UUAAAGGUGAAAAACUUCAAAAUCUCUCUCUCUGAAUCACAAUUCACUGAGCGAACGCCAAAUCUUUGAGUUGGACGAUUGAUUUCACUGAAGUUGCAUAAUUUAGAGUAGAAAAAGAGCGAUUUUGUGGCAAUUCUGUGCAAUGGAGGCGGAGCUCAAAGGUUUGCUGAGUGAACUUCACAGUUUGAAGGAUUCUAUGCCUGAUCCUUCUCAUAAAGAUUUAAUUGAUAAGAUACAAUCACGUGUUGAGCAUCUAUCUGCAGCAGAAAAGUUAGCGAAUGCACAGCGUUCCAAAAUUAAGGAUAUGAGUGCUGAGGUGGUUGAUAGCAACCCUUACAGCAGACUUAUGGCUCUUCAGAGGAUGGGCAUCGUGGACAACUAUGAAAGAAUUCGAGAAUUUUCAGUUGCCAUUGUUGGUAUAGGUGGUGUGGGCAGUGUUGCAGCUGAGAUGCUAACAAGGUGUGGCAUCGGUCGCCUCUUGUUGUAUGACUAUGAUAAAGUGGAGUUAGCUAACAUGAACAGACUUUUUUUCCGUCCUGAUCAGGCUGGGAUGACUAAGACAGAUGCUGCUGUCCAAACUCUUUCAGGCAUAAACCCCGAUGUUGUACUUGAGAGCUAUACUUUGAACAUCACGACAGUACAAGGCUUUGAGACCUUCAUGUCAAGUCUUACAAAUAAAUCAUUUCGCCCAGAUAAAGAAGGUAGUGGAGUUGAUCUUGUUUUAAGCUGUGUAGACAAUUAUGAAGCACGAAUGGUGGUGAAUCAGGCUUGCAAUGAAUUGAACCAAACGUGGAUGGAGUCGGGUGUAUCCGAAAAUGCAGUUUCUGGUCAUAUACAGCUGUUGGUUCCUGGUGAAACUGCUUGUUUUGCAUGUGCACCUCCCUUGGUUGUAGCAUCUGGGGUUGAUGAACGCACACUAAAGCGUGAAGGGGUUUGUGCUGCAUCAUUGCCAACGACAAUGGGAAUUGUUGCAGGGCUUCUUGUUCAAAACACUCUUAAAUAUUUACUGAAGUUUGGAAGUGUCACUCCCUAUUUGGGUUACAAUGCCCUCAAAGACUAUUUCCCAACAAUGGAAAUGAAGCCAAACCCUCAGUGUUCCAAUGCUGCUUGUUUGGAGAGACAGAAAGAGUACAUGCUUGUGAAGCCUGCCAGAGACGCUGCAGCGGCUGCUAAAGCCAAGAUCGAGGCUGAAGAAUCAGUAGAACCCGAAUGCCUCCACGAUGACAAUGAAUGGAACAUAAGUGUCGUUGGGGAUGAUGACGACGUGCAAGGCUCAUAUGCUACUUCAGGUGCCAUAACAGAAGGCCUCGUUCACGAGCUUCCUAGUGCUGAUGCAUACCAGCAGCCACCUGCCGCGGAGGAAACCACCACCCCGGCUGAUGACCUCGAUGAAUUGAGAAAACAACUGGAAGCACUUAACGCCGACUAGGCUUGGUUUGUCAACUCAUGGAGGCCGAUAAAUUGUUGUAGUGACUCGAACCACCAACCUGUUGGUUGCCCUUUUCUUUGACUAAGUUUAGAACCCAGUUUUGCAUAUAACACCCUUUUUUGAAAGUGGAUAUUGCAAUGUAUUUUACUGUAAGCAGAUCAUUUAUGUUCAGUGGUGUACAAUUAUGAUUUUUUGGAAAUCUCAUUGUAACAUUUAUAAAUUAUGUUCUUAAUGGUUAUUAUUGUAGCUUUUCUUAUA